AUGCGCCAUCAGCUCGAAUGUGUUUUAUAUACCGAUGAUCCGCCAGAUGAGACCGGGACCAGAGCAGCACCAACCUCGACCUUGCCAGCGGCCAGAGUCGAGUUAGAGCCUCGUGGAAUCUUUGGUCCUAAUGAGACGGCAGCAGAGGAUGAUUCUGUCCUCUGCGUCUUCCCGAUAAGCGGGCAAUAUGGCUUUCUAUCUCGCCUGUUAUACUACGGCUCGCUUGUCUUCGCCAUCAUCGGACGAACCCAUAAAUGGCUUGUUCUAGGAGCUUUGGCGUCUGCUCUGGCUUUUGCGGGCUCGACUUCUAUCCAUAUGUUGACGCUGGUCACUUCCAAGGCGCCCGCGUUUGACCUGGACAUUCUUGCUGCGUGGUCGAUACUGACGACGGGAUGUCUGGCUUUUGCAGCACUGAUACACUGGUCUUCAUCCGUCAGGAACUCGGACUCGAGGAUUGUGUUGAUUCUAUGGGGUAUGUUGGUCGGGAUAGGCUGCGUGACGGGGAGGGCAUUGCUGCUGGAUGUUAAUUCACAGGCUGAGCCGGCCUGUAGAUCCGCGAACGGGACGCUUCUGAUGGCGCAGUCUGAGCUAAAUAGCGGCAUGUUUAACUGCACAUACAAGUGCUUUGGGGUCCGGACGCCGCUGAGAGACCCGUCUGAGAUCACAGUGAUGCCUGCCAGAGUGUUUGUCGGAACAUACUCGACCUUGACGGUGGCAUUGAUGGGCCCCAUCCUCGCUGCUGCACAUAAGAGCAUGUCGGUGAACUUCUCGCUGCACUCGCCUUCAGAUCUAUGUGCACACUGGGUGCUAGGAUACCUAAACCAUUCCUUGAACUCCCGGCUGUCACAGCAUAUCUACAACGCUGCCUGCUCGACCUGGUACGGCGGGUACAUUCUGUUGCUGCGGUAUGCGAGCACGGCCAAGUUCCAACCCAACAAACGCCGUCUUAUAGCCAUCUUGCUUAUCUGUCCGCUGCUCGUCAUCGACUUGCUUCUCGACAUCCUAACGCCCGUUAUUUUCAUUGCAAACAUCCUCAUCAACGAGAUCAAUCUAAUGAUCAACGGCUUCCCCGUCGAAGAAGGCGUGCGUUCAAUCGGCCAGUGGUCUCCCAUGGUCUCCGCAGCACUGGUCAUCCUCGCUGCCGUCAUCAACCAACUCACCGAGCGCCAUCGGAUACUGAAAGAGCAGAAGAAGGCAGCCGAGUCAUCCGAUCCUCACUCUGGACUGCCCGUCUGGUCUUGCUCGCAGACAUGUGAAUCGCAGACCUCGGUUAGUCCUUUAGUCUAUAAUCACAGAAAGCGUCCUGGAGACGUUGAUCGGAAGCCCGGACAUCAUAGCCAUCAUCACCAUCAAGAGAUCGGGGUUAUAGAGCGAGAAUUCAGCCGCCAGGAGACGCUGCACACGGAGCUCGAAGACUAUCCCAAGCACUCCCCCAAGGCAUAUAUACGGCCGUGA